AGGAUCAAAAGCCCAUAUGAUAGGAGUGCUUGCAAAUAACGCUUUCUUACCUUUUGAAGAGUCACCCCGCUCGCUCACUUAUAUUCCUCCCAACAAUUCAUUUGAUCUCUAAUCUUGGGUUGAUCCAUGGCUGCUACAAGAACCCUAUAUGGCUCUUCUCGUUUUGCUUCUUCAUCUUCUUCAACACUACCUCGCUGGAGCUAUGACGUGUUCUUAAGUUUCAGAGGUGAAGAUACCUGCAAAACCUUUACUGAUCAUCUCUACGCGGCUUUGGUUCAAGCUAGAAUUCACACCUUCAUCGACGAUGAUGAACUCCCAAGAGGACAUGACAUAUCUUCGGCCCUACUAAAAUCAAUCGAAGAAUCGAGGAUCUCCAUCGUUGUUUUCUCAACAAACUAUGCUUCUUCCAGAUGGUGCCUUGAUGAGCUCGUGAAGAUCAUUGAAUGCAAGAAUACACUUGGACAAUUAGUUCUCCCAAUAUUCUACGAUGUCGAUCCAUUUGAUGUACGGAACCAAACAAGGUGUUUUGGAGAAGCAUUUGGAAGACAUGAAAAGCGUUACGGGGAUGAGAUGGAGAAGGUGGAGGUUAGGAGAGCUGCCCUCUCUGAAGUUGGUAAAAUAUCGGGUUGGGAUUUGAAAAAUGUUGCUAAUGGGUAUGAAGCAGAGUUGAUCCGAAAAGAUGUUGAAGAGGUGGUUUCAUGUAAACUGAAAGAGACAUUCCUAUAUGUUGCUAAGCACCCAGUUGGAAUAGAGUCUCGUGUUGUAGACAUCAAUUCAUUGUUGAGCAUUGAAUCAGAUGAUGUUCGCAUGAUUGGGAUAUACGGCUUGGGUGGAAUAGGCAAAACAACCAUAGCAACAACCGUGUAUAACUGUAUUUUCUGCCAAUUUAAAGGAAGUUGUUUUCUUGCAAAUGUUAGAGAAUUUGUAGAACAACCCAAUGGCCUUUUUCAAUUGGUAGAACAACUUCUUUUUCAAUCAUUAGGGACAAAGAAUCUAAAGAUUGAUAGUGUUUACAGAGGAAUUAAUUUGAUGAAAGAAAGCCUCCAUUCUACAAAGGUUCUCAUUGUUCUUGAUGAUGUGGAUCAUUUAAGCCAAUUAAAUACCUUGGCAGGAAAUCAUGAUUUGUUUGGUCCAGGAAGUAGAAUCAUCAUAACAACUAGAGAUGAGCACUUGUUGAAGGGACUGAAAGUUGAUGAAAGAUACAUGGCUAAGGAAUUCAAUCACAAAGAGUCUCUGCAGCUUUUCAGUUUGCAUGCCUUUGGCGAAACCAAUCCAUUAGAAAAUUAUGCAGAUCUUGCAAAUGGUAUAGUAAGUUAUGCUGGAGGGCUUCCACUAGCUCUUGAAGUUUUGGGUUCUUAUUUGUUUGGAAGACCAUUGGUAGAAUGGAAUAGUGCAUUUGAUAAAUUACAACAAAUUCCUUAUGAGGAAAUUCAGAAAAAACUCAGGAUAAGUUUUGAUGCACUAAAUGAUGAAAAAUUGAAGGAUAUCUUCCUUGAUAUUGCAUGCUUUUUCAUUGGAAUGGACAAAGAUUGUGCCAUAACUAUAUUGAAUACUUGUGAUCUCUGUGCUGAAGUUGGAAUUAGUGUGUUGAUUGAUAGAUGUUUAUUGAAAAUUAAUGAACGAAAUAUGUUGACAAUGCAUGAUCUACUUCGGGAUAUGGGAAGGGAAGUCAUUCGUCAAGAAUCUCCCAAGGAGCUUGGAAAGCGCAGCAGAUUGUGGUUUCAUAAAGAUGUAUGCGACGUACUUGAAAAUAACAAGGGAACAGAAGCAGUGGAAGGUGUGAUCCUGACCGAACUACCCAUGGUAAAGAAGAUACAAUGGAGUGAUAAAGCAUUCACUGGGAUGCAUAAUUUAAGACUGCUUCAAAUCAAUCAUGUGCACCUCAGUGGUAAUUUUGAACAUCUAUUGAAAGAGUUAAGGUGGCUCUGUUGGCAUAACUACCCAUUGGAGUAUUUACCAUACAAUUUUCACUCAGAGAAACUCGUAAUUUUAGACAUGCAGUUCAGCAAAAUUAGAACACUCUGGAAAGAUGGCAAGCACUUCAAGAGCUUGAAAAUUCUAAAUAUCAGUAAUUCCAAAUGCCUAACAAAGAGCCCUAUCUUCUGUGCACUAUCGAUGCUUGAGGAAUUACUGCUUGAAGGUUGUACAGGCUUAAUGGAGCUCCAUGAAUCAAUUGGGCUUCUAGAUAAACUUGUUCACUUGAAUUUGAAAGAUUGCACGAACCUUAGGUAUCUUCCAGGCAGUAUCUACAAGUUAAAGUUCGUUAAGCGUCUAAAUCUCGCUGGUUGCGCAAAACUAGAGCUUCCAGAGCAAUUGGGAGAUCUGGAAAGCUUAACAGAGCUUCUUGCAGAUCGAAUAGCCAUUAAACAACUACCUCUCUCUAUUGGGCGACUUAAGAACCUCAGGAGCUUAUCGUUGAAAAGAUGUUGGUGUUCCUUGACAGAGCUAGAUCUCCGUGUUUGUAAUCUGUCUGAAGAAGAUUUUCCAGUUAAUUUUGGUAAUUUAUCCUCAUUGCGAGCGUUGGAUUUACGUGGAAACAAUUUUUGUAUCCUACCAGAUGCGUUCAGUCAUCUAUCCAAGCUAGAAAAGCUUAACUUGAAAAACUAUAGAAGGCUUAAGUUUAUCACGGGUCUUCUUCCUAAUUUAUUGAAAGUUCUUCCUAACGGUCGUUACCUCUUCCAUCGUACCCUCUUCGUCUUGGGUGACUAUUUCGAUACGCGUAGCUUCAACGAUCAUAACGAUUUUUACGGCCGUGAUUAUUACAGCCAUAAAUCAACAGGGUCUUCCGUAGAAGUGUCAGUAGGGCCAAUGAAAUACGGCCACAUUGUAUAUUUCAAAGUGGGAGUUGUUUAUUGUAGAGCUGGGGAUGAAGAAAGCUGCAAAGUAGAAUUGGAUGAUUAUCCGUAUCCAUAUAUCGUUGUAACUGAUAAAAUUAAUCGCAUCGAUUUUACUUAUACGCCGAUCUUCUUUGCCUUCCCUGCGAGUUCCAGAGAUUAUUUUUGGAGACGCAAUGUACGUGUUGGUGAAUAUUUUGGGUAUCAAUUUAAAGGUGGGCAAUUCGAGAUUUCUAUCAUUAUAUCGUCACCUUUUGAAGUAAAGCAGUGUGGGGUGACUCCGGUCACCUUUGGGUGA